AUGUCUUCAUCCAAACAACUUGGCCUAACUCAACUGAUCGAACAUCAUAAAGAACAAUACAUGGAGUUAAUCCUCAAACAAAAAACCGAAGCACUUGAUCGAUGUAAACAGCAAUCUCAGGUAUACAUUUCUCUUUUUUCUAAUGUGGAAGAGGAAUUACUCAGUCUCUCGACACAACCAACAUGUAAACCCAAACUGCUCAAGAUCGAAGAAGCAUCACCAAUCCAUCGAUAUUAUGCCUUCGUGGAAACGUUAUUUGUCAUUGAUAAAAAUUAUUUUCCUCCACUUUCGGAAAUUGCAUAUGAAGAUUAUGUCAAAGUUAUAGUGGACACAACAAACAUAGUGUUUCAAUCAGAAAAUAAUCUUGACAUACAGAUAGAGGUUGUCAUUUCGGAUAUUGUUUUUUUAAACAUUGCGAAAGCUGUACGACAAGAACCGCCUGAAUAUGAACCUAUUCUUCGCCAAAACUUGCCCGAUUAUGAUAAAUAUGAUUCAAUUGUAUUACUUUGGUAUCAACCAUGGGAGGGUACCACUGGCGCUCAAGGCUACGCGAUGGUCAAAGGAAUUUGUAAUCCACAACUCAAAAUCAUGUAUUUACUUCCAUAUCAAAAUGCUGCAUUUUAUCUUGCGCAUGAAAUCGGUCAUCAACUGGGACUUCCUCAUCAGGUUGAUACACCUUGUCGUACGAAUUAUUACAUGUCUGUAAUGACGAAAGCACAUACAGCUUCGUUUGAACAAGCACGUUGGACAAAAUGCGAAAAUGAUAUGAUUAAUAGCAAUAUUUGCGAAUUCGAGUGUCUGUUUAAUCAACCUUCUGGCUAUCAAAUAGUGAAAAACAAGUUUGCAACCAAGCCGGGAGCAAGAAUGAGUAACAAUCAACAAGCAAAAAUGAUGGAACCGAAUCCGAAUGCAUUGGGAGAAGUUUCAGCAGCAACGUUCCUACCAUCAGAGUCUCCAAGUCGAUGUUUAUAUCUUCGAUCUUCUACGGGUCAACCGAAUGGAGGAUAUAUGAUUUCGUAUUCUCCGAUGUUACCCGCUUCAGUGUGUGGAGCCGAUUCUAUCUGCCACCGUGAUCGAUGCGUACCAACGAAACAGCUGGAUCCAUCACUCGAACAGAUCGAGUAUGAGACUGACAUACUCGAUUUAAGCAAACAUUGUAGUGUCGGGAAUGAUCAAAAUGCGUUGAAAGCCAGCAAUACUGAUCCAAGUACGCCAGUGGAAUGUAUCAAUUGGGAGAACGAUGUUCUAUGUCAUGAAUCUCAACAAUGUCCGGCAAAGGAUGAUUUAAGUACUGGUGCACUUUACAUAAAUCAUGUUUGCUGUCAAAAGUGUACAUCAGAGUUUAAACAAAUUUUGGGAGCAUUCAGUCAUGCAGAGCUUACGAGAAAAUACUCUUGUUCAGUGUUAUUCCUUUCACUAAUGUCUUUCUUAUGUUUGAUUUAG